AUUUAGUAUUCGCGAACAUGUCGAGGGAGGUAGUAGUUGCGGGAGCUGCAUUUAUAGCUAUGUAUUUACUCGUGGAGGAAAAUGAAGAUGAAAAUAAACCACGCCGUCGUCGCCGUUGGUGGAAAACACAAUUAUAUAAAAAAAGAGCCGGUUCGGAAUUGAUGAUUGAUUUAAAAUCUCAGGAAUUAAGUGGGCAAUACAAAAACUUCACACGUAUGUCACCUAUCGAUUUUGAAUAUUUAAUUACUUUAGUCGGAGCAAAAGUAGGAAAAUAUGAUACCCCAAUGAGAGCUGCUAUAUCAGUUCAAGAUAGAUUAGCACUUACAGUGAGAUUUUUAGCAACGGGGGAUUCUUACACAAGUCUACAAUACAUUUUCAGAAUUUCAAAGCAAUCUAUUUCCUUGAUUGUCCCAGAAGUUUGCUUGGCAAUUAUUGAAGCCAUAAAAGAAAAUAUACGGGUACCAACUACUCCAGCGGGGUGGAAAGAAAUCUCAAAAAAGUUUGAAGAACUAUGGAAUUUUCCCCAUUGCAUUGGUUCUAUGGAUGGAAAACAUGUUAUUAUCGAUGCUCCAAUUCACAGUGGAACUGAAUAUCGUAACUACAAGUCAUUUUUCAGCAUUGUUAUGUUUGCCGUAGUGGAUGCGGAAUAUAAUUUUUUAUUUGUGGAUGCCGGAUGUCAAGGCAGAAUAUCAGAUGGUGGGGUAUUUAAGGAUACAAUUUUUUUUCAAAAAAUUGGAAGCUGAUAACUUGGGUUUACCGCUAGCAGAAACUUUAGUUGGAAGAAAUAAAGAAGUGCCUUAUGUUCUUGUAAGUGACUCUGCAUUUCCACUAGCUGAACAUAUAAUGAAACCAUAUCCAGGAGAUUUUCCUAAAGGUUUAAAGCAAAGAAUUUUCAAUUACCGUUUAAGCAGAGCGCGGAGAAUUGUUGAAAAUAUUUUCGGAAUCAUAGCUUCAGUUGUUAGAGUUUUACGUAGACCAAUACUUCUCCAACCCGAAAACGCUGAGAUUAUAGUCAUGACCAUUGCACAUCUACAUAACUUUUUAAGAAAAAAUUCUGAAUCACAAAGAUAUUACACACCGCUUGGAUCUUUCGAUCGUGAAGAAGAGGGACAAAUUGUUGAAGGAUCUUGGAGAAAUGAACCAAACACAGGUUCAUUACUUCCACUUAGGAAUGUACCACGAAGAGCUCCUUUGAUAGCAAAACACAUCAGAGAAGAAUUUUCUGAUUAUUUCUGCAAUGAGGGAAAAGUUCCAUGGCAAGAUCGAUACUGUUAAAUAGUAUAUACCAUAUGUAUAGUUUAUAAACUGUAUUUAUUAUUGCAUUUAUAAAAAAUACUUACCAUAGAAUUAA